UGUGCCUCUCUACAGGCAGCCAUGCAACAAACGCUGCCUGACAGAAGGCAUCCAUCGAACAUGACAUGUAGCCAAGAUAUUUCCUCUUCUUCUUCACUUGUGAUUGUUCGAGAAGCUGCUCACGCGCGUCUCGAAACCAACUCCAUCUGACUCUGGCCUUCCAUUGUCUCGCCAAUCUCGUGGCUUUCACUCGUCGCCAAUUCGCAUCGUGUUGCUGCACAGUGAUCCAAAGUCCUAAGUCUGCAUCUUGCCUUGUCAAAACCAUCAAGACAACUUCAUCCUCUCCCAUCUCCUUCUCCAAGACGUCAACCUUCUUGCUCCCCUCCCAAUUGCACUCAAGGCGCGCGCACACAACAGUGCAUGCUGCCGUCGACCACUACUCCUACUAACCAUGGAUCGUAAGCAAUUCAAGGCCGAUCUGGACGAUGCUAUCCAGGGUAAGCAUGGUAUCAACGACGUCUCCAAUUGUCGUCGCGGUGAUGAAGGCUUUACAUUCACCGUCGCCCAUCAAGCACUCGCUUCGCCAGUCACCAUCAGUGUCACCACCGCGCCAUCCAAAUAUCCGGACACACACGACUACCAAUACUUUUGUGACGAUGACACUUCUCAGGAAACCGCAGAUAUCGUAGCGAGCCUCGGAACGCUCAAAGGCAUGUCAAUCAAGCAAUUCCUCUCUACCAUCCGCGAUGCUCUGUGCCGCACUACCGACUCUAGAUUGGACGACGAUAUCCCAGAGGACCACGAUCCGGAUGAUGAGCCACUCGAAAACGGCGAGUCGGACGGCGAUGAUGACGAUGACGACGAACACAUCUAUGGCGCCGCCUUCGAUGACUCUGUCACUUCCGAUGUCAAUGCUUUCGUCCUGCCUACAGCCUCAGCCCGCGUCGGUCCUUCAAGCCUCUUCCAGUCUCGCAUCCGUAGCGACCUCAAGUGUGCCAAGGAUGCUGGCUUCAAGAUCUCGCACUUUGGUGGCCUUCUCGACAACUACAAGUGUGUCGUUUCCAUUUCUAUUUCUGCUCGCAAGCUUGGUAUCUCAGACGAGGCCAUGCAGGCCUGGCGCAUCGGACCUUCCGACUACAUCAUUCUUCUUAUUCAGUACAAGGAAGGUUACAAGACCAAGGAAGAGCUCUGUGCACUAAGUAACGCCGCUGUGCCCGUCUAUCUUGACAUGCGUACUGGCGUCUCCAAGAACUACAAGCCGACACAAGACCAAGUCACGAAAGCUUUUGGCGCCACCAGCACAUCAACUUACCCAGACUCUGCUGCGACAAGCUUCCACGAUACUUUCAUCUCCAAGCCGCUGAACGACCUUUUGAACGAGCGUCUUGUUCAUCUUGUGCGAUUGAGAGAUACCAACAUGACAUGGCAAGGUGUCGAGGACUUCUACAGAGACAGGCAAGGUGGACGCAUCACCAGCACAUAUGCUCCUGGUACACAUUUUGAAAAAGAAAAUGCCUCAGGUUACCAAGCUAUUGUUGAUGCAGACCAUCUAGCAGAUGCAUCGGCCAAGACACACUCUUUUCCUCUCGUCGCCAUGCAAUUCACGCUGCGGCACUUCGUCCGUUGCACCGAGUUCUGUCUUGUCUGCCACAAGAAGCUCAAUACUUUGGUCGAAGCACUCAAGCCAUAUGUCUGCGAUUCGCCCCUCUGCCUUUACCAGUACAUGACUCUCGGCUUUGGUCCUUCGAUUGAGCAUGAAAUCAUGCAUCAAGACAAGGUCGUUGAUCUACUUAUCAGCUUCUGCUAUAGCAGUGCUUUCUUGGGAAGACUGAAAGACUUUCCUACUGGUCUUGGCCUCAAUGUUCCACAAUCCAUUGUCUCACCAAUUCAAGGACAUAUGGGCCGGAGCUAUCAAGCCCAAGUUCCAGAAACUACAGCAACUCCUCGUAGCAGUAGCGACGGCCGUCUCGAGGCUCGUUUCGAUUUCACCAAGUCAGAGCUUCUCUUUGAUAAAGUCACGCCUGGUGCACCCUGUCCUCUCAAGAAGGGCGAUUGGAUCUCGCUCGAGCUACCGAAUGAGACAGGAACACCAAUGUUUCAUUGCAGAGUCAAUGACGCAUCGCUAUAUCCCUCUAUUGAGAUCGGUCCCAUAAUCGGAGACGUUCUCGAGAGGGAGUCCAGUACUGCAAAGUGGAGUACAGCUUACGUCGACAAGUAUUGUGUCAAUUUUGAUGACUUGCCAGAGGCCGACAAGCGAGGCGUCGUACCUCGUCUUCUUGCGUUACUGCCUUCCGUCAAGGAAAUGGGUGAGUACCUUUCGUCUCAGAACACUCCAGACUUGUCUCGAUGGGUUGACAGGAUUUCGCCGGCCGCGUUCUCUCUCCUACGUUGGACUCUCGCCUCUAACAGAUCCUGCAUCAUGGCAGUCGACGAGCCUGAGAAGGGUGUCCAUGGCAUGCCAGACUUCAUGCAAUUUCGCUUCGCUAUGGGUGCACCUGACAAGGAACACCGCUUCAAGAAAGCUGUCGAGGAGACCAAGAUCCGACUCAAGUCCAAAUAUCCAACUCUGUACGCUUGGCACGGCAGUUCGUUACAGAACUGGCACAGCAUCAUCCGCGAAGGCCUCCAUUUUACCGACGUUAUCAACGGUCGAGCAUUUGGCAAUGGCGUCUACCACGCUCCGAAUGUCAAUACUUCGCUGGGCUACUCUGGUUAUGGUAUGCAUCAAACAGGUGCCUCUUCCGCGUCUAACUCAUGGCCGAGAUCCGACCUCAAGAUCACCUCUGCCGUAGCGCUCAACGAGAUCGUGAAUGCGCCUGCUGAAUUCGUCUCUUCUACGCCCCAUUAUGUCGUCAGCCAACUCGAUUGGAUUCAGACUCGCUACUUGUUCGUGAAACGGGCCAAUACCGACUCCAACGUGGCCACAUCGCCCGCAUCUGAUAAGCAACCAGUCAACAAACUCCAGCAAGACCCUCAACGUAUACCGACUGGUACCUCUAAUGGGGCAAUUGUCAUUCCAGCACCGAGCUCGAAUUCUAAUAAGCGCAAGCUGGCCAACGUCGUCUCACCCGGUCCGAAGAAGACCAAGAAGGCGAAAGGCUUGUUUGUUAGAAUCACCACUGGACGAUCGGUAGACGGUGCCAUUAAUCUGACUUGCGACGAUGACGAGGACGGUGCAAUCGAGUCGCACUACAACGAUGGCAACCUGAGCGACAAUUUGAGUGUGGCCACAGAUGAUGAAGACCAUGGUUUUUUCGAUCAGCCUCAACAUCAGCAGCUGGCUCUUAGAACAGGCCCGCCGCAACUCGACUAUAUCCCAGGUGAAACUGACUUUGUUCCUGGUUCGCUGAACCAUGAUCAGCUGCCAAAGCUCCCAAUGCCCUCGUAUGCCAACUCCAAGGCGACCAAGAUGCUGUCACAAGACCUUCAAGCCCUCCUCCGUGUUCAAAAGACCAAACCUCUUCAUGAGCUUGGCUGGUACCUUGACUCCAGCAAGGUUGACAACAUGUACCAGUGGAUUAUUGAGCUCCACAGCUUCACUAUGUUCAAUGAGGGACGACGCAUGCUGCCUUUGGUCACAGACAUGAAGAAGCACAACGUCAAGAGCAUUGUUCUUGAGCUUCGCUUCCCUGGCUCCUACCCCAACAACCCCCCAUUCGUCAGGGUCAUCCGUCCACGCUUCCUUCCGUUUCAGAAUGGCGGUGGCGGUAACAUUACUGCUGGAGGUGCAAUCUGUCACCAGAUUCUGGUUUCAGAUGGCUGGACACCCGCCUACUCUAUCGAGAGUAUCCUUGUGCAGAUUCGUUCAGCGAUAGCGCAGUUCGAUCCUACCGAUCCCACGGUUAAGCCUGCUCGCCUACAGGUCAGCGGCACUUACACUGAUGGCGAUCGCAAUUCCUACGCUUCUGGAGAAGCCGUCGAGGCUUACAAGCGCGCUGCCAAUAUGCAUGGCUGGACAAUUCCCUCCGAUUUUGCACAGACUGUUACUGAGGAGUCUGCAUCGAAGCAGUAGAAGGCUCCACACUUACACAAUUACGAACAGAAUGAAACAAUAUCACGAGAACAAGACCAAGCUGGGAAGGUUCAUGGGUUUUGAAACAUGGACAACCGGCGUUUUUGAUAUUCCAACGGAGUCAUUAUGGGAAAAGCAUCGGAUAGGCGUCAUAAAAGGAAGGCAGCAUGAAAACAGCCCUCGUUAGGGCUUUUAGCUUAUACCAUAGAUUGACCUCUUCGAUGAUACAAUGAUACCCGACUCGUUACGAUCACGGUCAUGGACUUUCUCGAUGCUGUUGUACUCUUCAAGUCACAAGUGUCGUGCAGAAGUUAUCUCUUUAUACUUCUUGGUGCACUUUGUGUACACGCCAAGACUUUGCUGUAAGUGGUAUCACCCUGUCAUUCUUUAGCAUC